CCUUUGGGCUCUGAUGAAUCCACCUGGGCCGCUGUGUCCAAAAAACACCGACCUGUUCACCCAAAGUGGGCCGUGCACAGCUUGGCUGCAUCCGUGUGCACUUUCAAGGAGACUGAAGGCCCUAGUGGCUUUCAGUACCUGUAUAUCCCCCAUUCCCACCGAUUGACCCGUCAAGAAGCCCGUUCUCAUCUCCAUCGCCUUGGGAUUGACCCAUAUAGAAUCCUCGACAUCACUUUUCCUGCCCACUCUGUUGUUGGACUUCUUGUCCACAACCAGUAUCGUCCCACUGUCCUUGCCUCCCUGGAAAAGCAUACGAUCAAACAUUUUGCUGACUUUGACCCCCUUGAUCCUAUACACCUCGCG